AUGAUGACUGGAAGUGGUUCAAAAGUCAUUUCGAUUUCUUCUGCUAUACCGAGAAUAGAUAUGAAAUCAAGAAUAGCAACUACGACAAUAUCUUCAUCAUCAACCGCAACAUUUAAAUCACAAAUAGUAAAAACUAAAGCAGAAACAACAACAUAUUUGCCGCAACUUAAAAAUGUUACCGGAAAAAAGCAAUUUGAUUUUAAACGGCUUGCAUCGCUAUUACAGCAAAUGAUUGAUAGACGAAAAACAACAGAAAGUCAUAUUACGAAGGAGAAUGAAAUGAAUGAAAAUGAUAAACUUAAAAAUGAUACAUUAUCGGGAAAAGCAAUUCGAUCAUCAUUUCAACAAAAUAUAUUCACUGUAUCGGAUUUGAAACCCACUGAGCUUCUUUAUCAUCGUUUGAAUCCAGAUUGGAAACCUGAAAAUAGCCAUGUGAUUUCCAGAAGUUUGGAAAUGAAAGAAGCAAAAAGGGCAUAUGAAAAUAACAAUUCUUUUGCUGGAGAUCAAGAAGCAUUAAAAAGAAGCACUCGAUAUCCUCAUGAAAUAUUAGCAUCAGUUGUUAUUAGUAAGCGCAAAACGGAAGAUAACGAUAUGAUAUUAUCAAAAACUGCAUUUACAACAUCCGAAACGUAUACAAAUGAGAAUGCGAUGAUUUAUAUUAUCAGAGAAGGUUCGAUUGUGCAGAAUAAUGUAAAUGAUUACGAAUUUGUAUCCUCAAUUACACUUAUUAUUGAUGGCGGAAAAAAGAUUUUAGUUGACACCGGGCUUUCCACCGAUAUUAACGGACGUACUUGGAUGAUGCAAAGAUUAAGUGAACUUGGCGCUCCACCACCUUCAAUCAAUUAUGUGAUCACAACUCAUGGUCAUCCAGAUCAUUCCGGUAACACUAAUCAUUUCCCCGAUGCAUUUCAUUUUUCCGGAAGAUUCAUGCAUGUCGGUGGGCAAUCCAAUUUUCUAAGAAUUUUUGAGGAUGAUGUUGAAAGAUUAACAAAAAAUGUUUAUUUACUAAAAACACCGGGUCACACAUUUGAUGACAUCUCUGUUCUUAUUAACAAUACAAACUUUUUUGGCACUGUCAUUGUUUCCGGUGAUAUAUUUAUACGAAAAGAAGACAUGAAAUAUUCGACAAUAUGGAAACAGUUGGCAGCUAAUGAAACACAACAAGAGGAAUCAAGAAAACGUUUGCUGUGCUUAGCCGAUUGCAUCAUUCCUGGACAUGGACCGCUAUUUCGGAUAACGAAUAACAUGAAACGAGAGUUGAACUGUCCCAGCAACUAUUGA